AUGAUGGUCACAAGUAUAGCUAAUUGGGAUUUCCAAAGUGGCAUCGCUGACCUGACGGUGAGUCUUGACGACGAAAUUGCGGUGGCGGUUAAAGUGGAUGGGCUGAGGGAUUUUGUGCACUAUAUGAUUAAUGUUUAUGAGUAUGGGAGAUUGCCUGAUGAGAAUAACUGUGCUGAUAAGCUUUGGGAGGAAUAUUUUAGAAGUCUGCCACAGGGGGGUUUUAUUGAUAAUAAUUCUUAA